GUUGAAACCCCUCCAAAUUUUGGACAGCCCCGCGGUGUGCACCAUGUCGGUCAGACCACAGCCACGGGUCUCCAGCCAAAGGGUUCCCGUCCCGUCUCUGACUACUGCGAACUCGAAUCCCUCAACACUGGCAGCCAGCAUCACUUCAAACCAGACACCGAAACCAAGACAAACGUUCAACUGCUGACCUCUUCGGCCAGAGGCGCAAAAAAAAAAAAGGAAAAAAGGAAAAGAAAAGAAAAGAAAAGAAAAGAAAAGAAAAGAAAAGAAAAAAUGACCGUCCCGACACCCGACCCUGAGUCGAGCAAGACGCUGGCGACGAUCGCGGCCCUCCGGGAGUCGCUCACGGCCGAGUCGACCCCGUUACCUGUCCGUUUCCGCGCGCUCUUCUCGCUUAAGCACGUCGCGGCCCAGCACCCGCCCACGUCCGCCGAGUCGCUCGCCGCCAUCGACGCCAUCGCGGCCGGCUUCUCGUCGCCCUCGGCCUUGCUCAAGCACGAGCUGGCCUACUGCCUGGGGCAGACGGGCAACAACGCGGCCAUCCCAUACCUGACGGCCGUGCUGGAGAACGUCUCCGAGGACGCCAUGUGCCGCCACGAGGCGGCCGAGGCGCUGGGCGCGCUGGGCGACGUGGCGAGCCUGAAGGUGCUCAAGAGGUUCCGCGACCGCGAGGGCGAGGAGGUGGUCGUCACCGAGACGUGCGAAAUCGCCGUCGAGCGGAUCGAGUGGGCUAACGGGGAGGGGAGGAAGGCGGAGAAGCUGAGGGCAAGCGAUUUUGCCUCGGUUGAUCCCGCGCCGCCGAUGCCCCAAGGCCAGGAGGAGCCGACGGUCGAGGAGCUGGGCAAGACGCUCAUGGACACAAGCCUGCCGCUGUUCAAGAGGUACCGAGCCAUGUUUGCGCUGCGCGACUUGGCGUCGCCGCCGGAUCUGCCCACCGCCGUCCCCGCAAUUCAUGCCCUAGCCAAGGGUCUCAGCGACUCGUCCGCCCUCUUCCGCCACGAGAUUGCCUUCGUUUUCGGUCAACUCGCGCACCCGGCCUCCAUCCCUGCCCUUACCGCGGCCCUGAGCAACACGGAGGAGGCGAGCAUGGUGCGGCACGAAGCCGCCGAAGCCCUCGGCAGUCUCGGAGAUGAGGAAGGCGUCGAGGAGACGCUCAGGAAAUUCUUGCACGACAAGGAGGCUGUCGUUCGUGAGAGCGUCAUCGUGGCUUUGGAUAUGGCCGAAUACGAGAAGAGCAACGAGACGGAAUAUGCGCUGAUCCCGGAGGUCAAGACUACUGCUUAAACUGGGAGGUUGUUUUCGGCGUUUGGGGUUUUGCUUUCCAAAAGGGUAGUUAAACCAUCCUGACAGCACAGAAGGUGGGUAUAUAGAUUGCGGGGUUCGAAUUCGUAUAUCGUUCUUCAUCAGGCAGCGGGCUCAGUUGUUCAUAGUCCACCUACAAACCCCAAGUUAGCAGGCAGCCAGAGAGGAGAGCGUGAUACC